AUGGAACUCUCCGAGGAAUGGAAAUCGUUCCUCCCAGUAGGUUCCUCCACCGUUUCCCCUCUUCAUCUGUCCAAUUCCCCUUCUCUCCCUCUCGGUCCUCUUCUCUUCAACCCUAACCCUAACUCUCUCUCUCUUCUCUUUUCUUCCCCCUCUCUCUUACCCUCUCUCCACCUCCCUCCCCAUCUCUUACCCUCCCGUUUCCUUCUCUCAUCUCACCCUCCUUCCAUUCUCCCCUCCACCGCUUCAUCCGUUGCCUCCCUCUUCUCCUCCCCUAACCAAAACGACGCCGCUUCCCCCUUCCUCCGUAAUCGCCUCCACCUCCUCACCUACCCCCACCGCCCUUAUGCCCUCCUUUUCUUCCCUGCCGGUGACAACGACCACAAGCUCGCAUUUUUCACGCUCCGUUUCAAGGACUCGCGCUUCCACAUUCAACUAGACACCAACCACGACGUUUUUUAUGCCUCUAUCGGCUCCGCGCACCGUAUUUUGAACAUUUCGAUUAACCCUAUUGCUGAUUUUGGUUUCACUGUUAAUGAUGACGACGACGAUGAUCCUUCUCGUGUUAUCGGGUAUUUGCUGGCUACUACUCUCUAUUCCGUUCACUGGUUCGCUGUGAGGCAUAAUCAAAUUUUGGAUAGACCUAGUGUGGUUCGUUUGGGUGGUAAGAUUUUUAAGACUUGCCCUGUGGUGCAUGCUUGUUGGAGUCCUCAUAUAUUGGAAGAGAGCGUGGUUUUGCUGGAGAGUGGCCAGUUGUUUUUGUUUGAUUUGGAGAGUUGUGGCUCCGAUGCUGGUUUCAAGGGGACCAGGUUGAGGGUGCCCUGGAAUGAUUCUGGAGAGAGUAAGGUGUGGCUGAGUUGUGAGUUUAGUUGGCACCCCAGGAUUUUGGUUGUGGCGUGUUCCGAUGCUGUUUUCUUGGUUGAUUUGAGGCUGAAAGAGUGUAUUGUGAGUUGCCUGAUGAAGAUUGAGACGCUGAGAAGGUAUGCUCCAGACGAGAACGAGCGGUUUCUUGCGUUGUCAAGGGCUGCUCCGGACAACUUUUACUUUGCUGUGGCUUCUACUAGUGUUUUGCUUCUCUGUGAUGUAAGGAAGCCUUUGAUGCCGGUGUUGCAAUGGAUGCAUGGGAUUGAAGGGCCUAGCUUCAUGUCUGUAUUAAGUUUGUCUAAUUUGAGGUCUCACUCGAGGGAGGAUGCUUUUAAGUUGGCUUCUGAAUCUGGGUUUUGUAUUUUAUUGGGAUCUAUUUGGAAUUGUGAGUUCAAUACCUUCUGCUAUGGGUCUAUAUUACCAUUUCGUAAAGGAUCUGUUACUUCGAAGAUUAACCCAGCCAUCUGUGCUUGGGAGCUUCCGUUUGAGAUUAAUUUGUCUGGUCACGAGUGUCACUGUGGAAAAUGUCUUUUAAGGAAAGAGUUCUCAAAGGAUGCUCUUCCUGAGUGGAUUGAUUGGCAGCUAAAGAAAGAGAUAGUUUUGGGAUUUGGCAUUUUAAGCAAUAAACUUGCUGCAUUACUGUGUGAACCGGAUGAAAAUGGGGGUUUUACACUGAUAAGGCUUUCGUCAUCGGGAAGGUUUGAAUUGCAGAGAUAUCAUGCCUCUUGGGCUCAUGCCAGAGAUUUAGAAGAUUGCCACGAUCAAGUAUUGUGUUUGGAUAGACACUUACUGUAUCCCAUGAGUGAUGAGAAAUACAAAUUUCCAAAAAAUUUCAUCUACUUAAAAUUGGAUUACCUUUAUUCUUAUGCAAGUGGUAGACUUACUCAAUUCCUGGUUACAAAACUAGAAAAAAUCUGUAAGUAUGCCAAUGACGAGGAACCUUUUUGUGCAGAAGUGCAUGAGUUAUUGUGCGAAAAAUUAAAUUCUUGUGGGUUUGGCCAAUUAAGAUCCUGUCCUGCAGUUACUUCUGUUUUUAAUGAUAUCAAGCUACCAUCAAGCUUACAUGAGGUUGCCUUGAGAAGAUUGUGGGCUGACUUACCUAUGGAACUGUUACAGUUGGCCUUUUUAAGUCAUGCUAAAUGCCAUGAAGUUGUUGGAAAUCUGGACAACAAUAGGGUAGCAUUGGAAUUUUUAGCUGUUCCAGACCUCCCUCAAUUGCCUCCAUUCUUUUUAAGGAAAUCAUCAACCCACAGCAAUGAUGACAUUGUGGGUCCAAUUAUUCCUUUUCCUGUUCUUCUUGUGCUUAAUGAAUUUCGCAAUGGGUACUCAAAUUUGGAAGGAGGCGAAUUUUCAGUAGAAGCAGAGGUUGGCCUCAGAUAUAAAGAAGUUAUGCAGGUGGCUGGUGAGAUUGCUGUCUCAGCUUUUGGGCCUACACACCUUGAUGAACAUGCAGUCUCCCUUGCUGAGGAUGGAGAGGAAACCUGGGUUGGUUCUUCUAAACCAAGGUCUUUUAUGUUAUACCGUCCAGUUUCAUUCAAAUCGACUGCUGCAGACCAUGUACAGGAAAAGUUUGUUUAUAGUGAUACAAAUUAUGAUACAUUCAUUUCUCAUGUCCAAGAGAAGAAGUCCACUAAACAGAUUGAAUCUGUCGGCCAAGAGAUAUUUGAUGAUCUUUCCCCUGUUGCGUUGAGGUUUGAUGCUCCUGUGAAGAAGCUUGAACCUCUAAGUUUAAAGGCAUACGAUCUAUUGAAGAGACAGAUGUCUAAAUGGCAAGAAAGUUUUGAUUCAUAUAAGGAUUUUUGUAUUCAAUCUAGAUUUUGA